GCCGGCCACGAUGAUUUUCUCAACGGCUUUUGUGCCACACUGCAACGGCCGGUGUGGCCAAUAUGUGACCGACCCAAUUAAAGCUACAUUAUAUGUGCUUCAAAGUGGAUUUUGCGCUCAUUCUUGGGCAUCCACUUGGUCAAUCAUCAGUUAAGAUAUAAUUUUUAUUGCACCUUGCGCCUAGACCACGCCGCUGAUAGCCACUGGCUGGUUGAGGCGCCAGAACCCGGAAGGAUCCGUUGUGCUUAGUCGCCUGUCACGUUUCAACUGCCGAGCUGCUUGCUAUAUGCAACUCACCGGUUGAUCAUGAAACAGUGGAUAUGGCAACAGUAUGCGAGAAUUUUAUGCUUGUGAGGGAUGGUGGACGUGUACAAGACACGGGUGCGCACUGAACGCAUAGAUAUAUACAAGCUCGGUAUAUUAACACUGGGAAAUUCUCGACUAAAGACAUUCUCAACCCUACACACUGACAUGCCAAAUAUCCUCGGUGGAGGGUUCUUUUCUUUCGGGUUGUUGUUAUUAGCCAGCAGAUUGGGGGAGCCACGGAGGUUACCUCCGACUUUGUCCUUGGUAGCGGUCGCCAAAAUGCGCUUUGUGAGAGCAUCAGUGCCAGAGAUGCCCUCGACAGACAUGUAAUACAGCACGAGGCUGGCCACAUGGGGGGCUACCAUAGACGUGCCGUCUAGAUUCACGUACUUGUCAUCGGCUACAUAAUCCGCGGAGAAGAUGCUAUCUCCGGGGGCCAAGAUGUCAACCGCAGUGCCGUAGUUUGCAUAGUUUUCAUCCAUGCUCCAACCAUAUUGAAUAGAGGAUACGGUGAGGGCAGACUUGGCACUGGCAGGAGAGUACUUGGAAGCAUCAUCAAAGUUAUACAGUGUAUCAUGUCGGGUUAGUAAUACGGCCAGAUGUUGUAAAGCAUUUCUGCAAUGCGCCAUGAUGUUCAUUCAACUCACAUUUCCCGCGCCGACUGCGAAAAUAACAUUGUCCUUGGACGCCUUCUCUACAAGGUCAUUCAUGGUCUGCGAGUAAUCGGCCUCGAGACUGAUGUUGAUGACUGCCUUGGUCUGACGCUUGUUCUUCUGAAUGUCAUUGAUCGACCAGUUUACACCAGCACAUUGGCGCCGCUGUUGGAAGAAGCCUGGUCGACGACCUUGACAGCGACAAUGGUAGCCAGCUUCGACACACCAACCCCAGUACCAGCAAUUGUGCCUGCAACAUGGGUGCCAUGGCCAACAUUGUCAAUAAAGUCAGCCACGCCGCUCUUGUUAAAGGCUGAGAAGCCAUUCACGACACAACCCUUGUACUCGAUAUGCGUUGCUCGGACGCCCGAAUCAACAACAUAGGCAUACGUGCCGUUUCCUGCGCGCGAGCUGUAAAUAUAUUCAUAGUUCUCUGUGAACUUGCGGUGCGACACAGCCUCAAGGCCCCAGGAGAAUAUUGUCUUAGGAUCGAACGGAUUAUCAACCUUUUGCGUGAUGAUGUCGCGUUUCUCAUGACGCUUAGUCCUGAUGUAUACGGGCUUGUCAGCCUCGACACGGAUGACGUCGCGAUGGGCGCGGAUUUCGUCCAUGGUGGCCGCAUCAAAAUGGCCAGCGUAACCGUUGAGGGCACCUGUGUAGGUAUGGCUCAACCCAGCGGUGCUGGGCGCGGCAAGACUGCGGCGGUGGUGCUCAUGGACAUCAGUAGCCCAUUGAACGUGGCUGUGGACAUCAUGGUCUGCAAGAUUGUCACUCAGCGUGAUGAUUUAGUGGUCUGGAAUGACUCCAGACUGGGUUUGCGUGGUAGGAGCGCCGCAAGCUACGGAGAUAAGACCGCCAGCCGCGAGUACAAAACGUGCCGAAGUCGCCAUUGCUGAGCAGUGUAAGUCAGUGACGAAGGCCUACUAAUUGGUGCGCAGGAAGACUGGCCCCUUUUAUGGUAUACAUUUUUUAGGAAUCGUCUGAACUAACUUAGCCUUUCUUGCUUCAACGUCACAUUGGCAACCAAAUUCAUGGUCAGUUGGCCGAAGUUGUGCAUCAGCGACUAGCAGUAACAGGAUGGUGCGAAGGCUACUCGAACCUCGAGUAGCUAGCGCGUCGCCAGUACUGAGACCUUCCUCUUCAGGCAGUUGAGAUGCGCCGCUUACAUCGGCCCUGAUGAUCUCUUGGCCGUAGUAGGUCGACUUUCCUAGAAUGUCCGCAAACUGCCGCCUAUCUGCCGUCUAAUGAAUAUCGAUUUUCAAUUUACCCUUCAAAAAUUAUAGAUUUCUUGUGAAGAAAAUAACGCAUCUGCUAGCUGUCUUGCUUUCGUGCCAGUGGUGCACAGGGUCAUGGGAUAUGCCCCGCGAUACUGGAGCAAUCCUUCCUAGUCAUGGAAUCAACUACAACACUAGAAUAUGAUACAGGUCAACACGCGAACAUAUGUGAUUAAUGGCAACCCUUCCAGGUCCAUAGAAUCCAUAGACACCGACCUACACUACCGACAGUUGAGUUGCGGCGAUCAAUUUGUGCAUCGGCACUAAGGCUAUUGCAAUCCCCUAUUACACUGCCGGUCCCAGGAACGUGGGCGGGGCGCUCAGCUUGGGUUACAGUAUUACCCAGCGAGAGUCAUGACAGCUGGAGGAGCUAGCUAACCGAGAUGAUGGCUCGGUGAGCGGCUGACGAACAUUGACAGGCUACUUCUUAUAAUACUCCGCCUCCGUCUCCCAUCUCUUCUUCGGAUUUUUACCUUUCUUUAUUCGCUUCUCUGUCUGAUAAGUUGCAAUGAAGUCCACCGGUGUUGUCUGUGCUCUCCUCGCUUCUGCUGUUGCAGUGGCUGCCGCUCCCGCUGUGGAGGCGGCUGAAGCCACCAAGCCGACCAUUUAUCUGAUCCGCCAUGCUGAGAAGGACUCCCACGGCCUCAUCAACGAGCGCGGCAAGCAGCGUGAGAAGUGCCUUGUUAACCUCUUUGGCAAGGACAGCGACUAUGAUAUCAACUACAUGAUUGCCCCCAAGUACCACGACGGCAAACCCGUCACCGAGAGACCUUACAACAGCACUCUUCCUCUGGCAGAGUCUUUGGGCCUCAAGAUCCACGACAAGUGCGAGUACGAUGACAUGAAGUGUGCUGCCAAACAGGCUCUCGCCUACAAGGGGCCUGGCAACGUCCUCGUCGCCUGGGAGCAUGUCCGUCUUCGCAAGGUCUCUGAAUACAUUGGCGCAGAUGAUGUGCCCAAGUACCCUGACGACCGCUUUGACCUCAUCUACACCCAAAAGUCUCCUUACACCGAGGUUGUCGUCACCUCUGAGGAGUGCCCUGGCCUUGACGACUGAUUGUGCACACUUCCGGUGCAGCAUAAGCCAUGUACAUAUCGUGUAUAGCAAUAAUAUAUAAUAUCCGAG